AUGACUUCAGAAGACAAAUCCGCAGACAAAGAAGUGAAACCUGCGCAGAUCAAAGCCGAUUAUGCGGAAGACAUUAUCGAAAACGUGCAAGAAACCACAGAAAAUACAGAAAAUAAAAAGGGGAAAACUGCAGAUGAUACCAAGCAGUCCCCGUCGAUUAAAGACCGAGAAAACAAAAACAAUAAAGACGAGGAAACUGCACAUGAUACCAACCAGUCUCUAUCGAAUAAAGAGCAAGAAACCACAGAAAAUACAGAAGGGGCAACUGCCGAUGAUACCAAGCAGUCACCAUCGAUUAAAGACCGAGAAAACAAAAACAAUAAAGACGAGGAAACUGCACAUGAUACCAACCAGUCUCCAUCGAAUAAAGAGCAAGAAACCACAGAAAAUACAGAAGGGGCAACUGCCGAUGAUACCAAGCAGUCACCAUCGAAUAAUGAAGGAGAAAACAAAAGAGAUAAAGAGAAGAAAACUGCAGAUGAUGCCAACAAUCCCUUAACGUUAAAUGAGCGAGAAAAUACAGAAAAUACAGAACACAGAAAUGAGGAAACGGCAGACGAUACCCACAAGCCUCAAUCUGAAAGCGAGCAAGACACCAACGAAAAUACAGAAAAUAACGUGGGGGAAAAGACAAGGAAAACUAAUACCAAACAGCCUCCAUCGAUAAACGAAGGUGAUGACAAAGAAAAUGAAGAGAAGGAAACUGCAGAUGAUACCAAAAUUCCGCAAUCGGAGAAUGAGCGAGAAAAUACAGAAAAAAAAAUGGAGGAAACUACAGACGAUACCAACAAGCCUCCAUCGAUAAACGAAGGUGAUGACAAAAGAAAUAAAAAGAAGGAAACUGCAGAUGAUACCAAAAAUCUUUCAUCGGAAGAUUUUGUUGAACGUUAUGACAGUGACGGACCAGAACAGAAGAAGGAACAUCUGUCAUUCACAUCUAAAAACACAAAUGGAGAUGUAAAUGGUCCGGGAAAGGCAGUGCAGGUGGACGUUGGUGGAGAUGAAGACAAGGAAAAACCAGAAAAGCCAGGCAAGAAACAAAUGUUAUUAACUUCUGAAAACACAAAUGGGGAUGAAUUUGAUCCGCAUAUGACAAAGGUAAAUGAAAGGAAAACCAAAGAAAAUGAAGAGGAGGAAAUUAAAGCUACUAGCAGCAAACAUACAUUGCAGGGUGACAUUGUUGGAGAUGACAACAAGGAAAGAGUGGAAAAACAAGACGAGAAACAUUUGUUAUUAACCUCUGUAAACACAAAUGGGAUUGAAUUCGAUCCGAAUAAUGAAGGCUUAUCUCAGGCUGAGAAUGAGGUCGCUGAUAGUGGUUUGUUGUCACAGGAACGAGGAAGCAUGAACACAAACGACAAGGAAGAUGAUGCUUCGCAUGCAAAUAAACAAGGAGAUGCGGUCAUACCUGGUGCGGAUAAUAGGCCAGAGGCAAAGAACGAUCGGCAGUCAGAAAACAGAGUGCAGGCUACCGAUGACAAAAGCAAAGACAUAACCAAAGAAGAAAAUACGGCAACAUAUAGUGCGAAAGUCGAUGAUACGCCAGAGGCAAAGGAGUCAGAAGCCAAUGUUGUGAAAGAAACCGAGAAAGAGGAAGCCGUGAAGAAAAUUAGAAUUGAAUCUAACUUCGAAGAACUGCUUCGAAAAGAACAAAAGAAAAUCAUUAUGGAUGCCAAAAAACUAGUCGAACAGCAUCUGUCAGAAGAAAUAGAAAAGGCUGGGACCGAUCUGAUUGUACAAGAACACGGAAUAGACACUGAAAAGCAAGAAUCUGUUGUUUACUACCUUAAGAAGUGUGUGAAUAUUUGCUGGUCAAUGCACAGCAAUGAGCCCCCUGUAUUUGUGGAAUUUCCGGAUAUUACGGAGAACAUUGUGUUUGAUACAAAUAAGUUCAAACCAUACACAAAAUCUGGAAAAUAUAUUGACUACAUCGUCUGGCCUGCGGUUUACCUGCAUGAGGGAGGACCCUUGUUGUGCAAGGGAGUGGCUCAAGGAAGAAAAGAGUAAAGCAUGGAUGUAAUACUUCAACAGCGGAUAAAAUGCCAUUUUAUGUCAACAUGUUAAAAUGCCUUUCUAAUGAACACACCCGUUUCUAUCAUAAUUGUUAGCAGAGACAAAGACAACGUCUUAUUGCUGAUAUAAUUACUAGGGUUUGCUUAUUUUAUCUUGGUACUGACAACUCUGGUAAAAUAUUAUGUUUUAAUUGUACAUAUUUAAAUUAUUGUUAUAAAUUGGCAUAAAUCAUAUUUUAAUUAACUUGCAUUUGUGUGAUAAACAUUUUAUUUAAGCAGAUACGCUUUAUGUACAAUAAUAAGUGUAACUAGAUGUAUGUGUGAAAUUAAUGAUUUUUCAUAAAAACUUACUCGAUUGUAUAUGUUUUAGCUCAUCUGUCACAUAGUGACAAGGUGAGCUUUUGUGAUAACCCAUCGUCCGACGUCCGUCGUCCGUUCACAAUUUCUUGUGAACACGAUAGAGACCACAGCUUGCAAUAAAUUUUGAUCAAACUUGCACACAAUUUGUAUUGGUGUAAUAUCUCGGUUCCUUUCGAAAACUGGCCAGAUCCCGUUAUGGGUUCUAGAGUUAUGGCCCCUUAAAUAGGCCAGAUUUUACUGUUUUUUGCUUGUGAACACGAUAGAGACCACAUUUUGCAAUCAACCUUUAAGUUAAUAAAACUUGCACACAAGUUGUAUUGGCAUAAUAUCUCGGUUCCUUUGGAAAACUGGCUAGAUCUCAUUAUGGGUUCCAGAGUUAUGGUCCCAAAUUUUGCCAUUUUUGGCUUGUGAACACGAUAGAGACCACAUCUUGCAAUCAAAAACUUGCACACAACUUGAAUUGGCAUGUUAUCUCAGUUUUCUUCUAAAAUUGACCGGAUUCCAUCAUGGGUUUUAGAGUUAUGACUCCUUAAAGGGCCAAAAUUUGCUAUUUUCUUGCUUGUGAACACGAUAAAGACAACGUUUUGCACUCAACUUUAAUCAAACUUGCACACAACUUGUAUUGGCAUAAUAUCUCAGUUCCUUUCGAAAACUGGCCAGAUCCCAUCAUGGGUUCUAGAGUUAUGGCCCCUUAAAGGUCCAAAAUUUGCUAUUUUGGCUUUUGCAGCCAUAAAGAGACUUGGUUUAUGGUUUGAUUUGAUACAAACUUGCAAAAUAUCUUCAGCAACAAUAAAUCUUGAAAUCCAUGAUGAUCUGUCAGAUUCAGUCAUAGGUUCUGGAGUUAUUUUAUAUCUGAUUACCUCCCCUAAUUUUAAUCAAAAUAGAUUUAUAUCAGUUAGUACUUAUAGGACUUAUUUGAAAAUUCAUUAUUGUUAUAAGUUGGACCAAGACAAUCAGGGAAGAUAACUAUGGACUGAUUUUAUGUUGAAUUACCUCCCUUUAUUUCAAAUUAAAAUGGGAAUAUCUUCGUAACUAAUGAAGAUAUUGAUCUGAAAUUUCAUUUAUGCCAUCAGAUGGACAUGGCCAGUCAGUAAAGAUACAUAUUGACUGAAUUUAUGACAAAUUACCUCCCUUUAUUUUUAUGUAAAUGAAUAUACCUGGCAGCAUCUAAAGAGAUUGGUUUGAAAGGUUAUAUAUGUUUUCCAUAGUAAGAAAUUUCUACUUUUACUUACUUUAUAUAUGUAUUUUUGUACAGGCUUGUACUCUGUAUCUUAUACAUGCAUAUUCCAAUGCAUGAUUACCUACCCUAAUCUUAAUAAAAAAUGAUUUAUCUCAGUAAGUAUUUAUAGAAGUAAUUUGAUAUUUCAUUAGUGUCAUUAGUUGGACGGAGACAAUCAGGGUAGAUAACUAUGGACUGAUUGUAUGUCAAAAGGCAGCGUUUGAGCCUAGGACCUUCAAACUUGGUAUGGAGAUUUGCCCUGACUAGUAUGUGAUCCAUAAGUCAAAAGGGACUGUUACAAGAAAAUAUUCAUCCUGAUGAUAUUUAAUGUGUAUGUCUAUCUGAUCUUUGUCAAAAUUUGAUCUUAUCAUUAAGAGCAAUGGUACUCAGGUGAGCGAUAUAGGGCCAUUAUGGCCCUCUUGUUAAUAAAAGUGUGCCCAUUGCUACGGGAGCGCAAUAAUGUCAAUCGUUUCAGUUUUGAAGUCCUGAAAGGGCUGAUGGCCAGUGCUUCUUUGGUCAUAUUUCAACCGAAACUGCUGAAGAAUCAUUCAUUUCAUUUCAUUGUGCAUAUAUUGGUUUGAACAAUGUUGGUAGAGGUCAACUAGACUAUGCUACAUGUCAAAAAUCUAAGCUGUGUGCAUCGUGAUUCCGGACAAGAAGAUUUUAAAGGCAUUCCCUAUACAACUCUAUGUAGAACUAAGUUUGCCUAAGGGUGGGACUAAUUUAAACCCUAACCCUAAGGUGGAGUUCUUCCGAAUAUUUCAAAUGUGAACAUAAAUUUUAUAAUUAUUCUAGAAUCCGUUGCAUAAGUUGAAAAUUGGUAGUGGAUUUAGAGCUAUAGCCAGUUACUAAAGUAAUGACUAAAACGUGUGUACACACAAUGGAAAGCUCAAGUCUUGCGUUGUUAUUGCUGUGAAAACUUUGUUAUAACUGGAGUAAUAAAAUUGUUUCCAACAUAAGGUUAUGGCGAAGAAGUAUGUUAAAAUGGAAACAACGUUAUUAUAUGAUAAUAUGAUAUAAUUAUGUCAUGUGUCAGCGUUUUAUCUAUAUUUAUACCGAAAUAUUAUAUUGUAAGGAAUUGUCAUAUUUUGAUAAUAUGAAACAAGCAAAAAUACUGUU